CUCUCUUUUCCCUCUCACCCCCCGCACCGUCUUCAUUCUCGCGCGUGCGUCUAACCGGUAUGGCUGCGGGGCGCGUGCGGACCAUGAGAACGCUCCGGUCGUGAUUCGGACGCCGCGUUUAGGGGAUUAGGAACCAGUGCCUGUGUUGCGCGCGCGUGUGUGUGCGCGCGCUUUCCUGUGCGGCUCCGCCCGGUGUGCGGCGCGGACUGACUGCACACAUCUGAGAGUUUUAUUGGAUUGUCCGACAGCGGCGCGAGAGGACUUGUCCUGCCGCACAAAGGAAGCCAAAGAGGGAAUUAAAGGCAAAUAAAGCAGAGGACGAGGACGGGAAGGAAAAUGGGAAAGUGUCUCCUCUCUGUCGUCUUCGGGCUUUUAAUGCUCGGAGGCUGCUGCUGGGCACGAGUGGUGAAUGUGCCUCCUGGUCCACUGAUCCGGGUAGAGGGUCAGCCGGUCUCCAUCAUAUGUGAUGUCAUUGAAUACUCAGGACCUAGAGAGCAGGAUUUCGAUUGGUUGAUAUCUCAAACAGCAAAAGGGGAAACUAAGAUAAAGAUCAUCUCCACCUUCGACGCCCGGUACGCUGAUUCAUCCUACACAAAGCGUGUCGCUUCCGGAGACAUAUCGGUGGUGAGGCUCGACGACAACGUGGUGGAGCUGAAAAUAGCCGAGCUGAAGGCUCAGGAUGCUGGUUUCUACUGGUGUCUAACGCCGAGCACCGACUACGUCAUAAAGGGCAACUACGACGAUCAAGUCCAACUCAUUGUCAUUCCCAACACCCUCCAGGUCUCCCCCCAGACUCCACCCGCCAACCUCCCUGAAGGAAAUGACCUCACGCUCUCCUGCAACGUCACCCGGAGGCUCAACUUCUCCACCUACCUGUCGGUCGCCUGGUCGGUGAAGAGCGGAGCAGCUUCAGAGGACAUUCUGACGUUCGGCCCCGAGGGAGACGUAACCACAGGCGCCAAGUUCGCCCGACGCUACGCCGACGGGGGCCUCCGGCUGGUCCCGGGGAGGAACGGACUGUUUGAGCUGGUGAUAUCUAGGGUCAUGACGUCUGAUGGCGGGACUUAUACGUGCAGUGGAACAGAAUGGUCUCACGAAAAUGAUAACUGGAUCAAAAUUGUGGAGAGCACAAAAGAGAUCGGAACCGUCAAAGUUAUUCCCACAGGCUACAAGAGGGUAAUUAAACUAAUGUGAGCCUGAAAGGUGACUCAGCUCUGUGAUUUGAUAAAAACAAUAAGUCACAGCCUUAAACCAAAUCAAUUACAUGAUUGGAAACGGGCCUCUCAGACUGAGGUGGCAGCCACUGCACAUCAGCCUAUUGAUUCCUGGAUGUGUGCUGGAUGGCUUUGACUUACAUGUAGGGGAUGAAUUCAUGGCAUAACAUCACCCAGAGGCAAACUGGAGCAGUCAAAUCCAGCAGCAGGUAACGAGCUGGUGUCUCACUGUCAUCCGUGGCCUGAUGGGAAAUCACCCUAGGGUAUGAAUUUAGUUGGGUGUCACAGAGACGACAGGGGCUGAGGUUGGCCCUUGGAUAAGAACAGUGGUAACAAGCAGCAGGUUUUCAUCAUAUUUGUGAUUGUUUGGAUCAUUUUGUAGUAAGGAGGAGGAAUGGAUGAUGUCUGAGUCAGAGUUCUGAUUCUUGAUGAUUGUGACAGCACCGAGCUGGGAAACGUGUUGGAAAAUGAGGAAUGGGAAGAGACACGAGGACGUGGGAGAGUUCGCCCUCUGUUGUGUGGCUGUCUUUAUUUUAAUGGCAUCCUCUCCUCUGUGAGGCUUUUUCUUCCAAGUGCCUCACUCUGCCCUGGGAGGCUCGUGACCCUCACUGUCUGUCUUUUUCUGUCCUUCGAGAGGCCCCUGGAC